AUGUCAGAUGGAAAGAAAUCUAAGAUAUCCUCUUCUAAAAGGCUGGGAUUAAAAAUCAGGCUCUUGGCAGUUGCCACUCAGAGGCAGCAGGAAGAAAAAGAGCAACAGAAGAAGGAGAGAGAAGCUGUUCUGGCGGAGAGACUUCCUCCGCUGAAUCUGGCUGCUCUUUCUUUACAGGAGCUGCAGGACCUAUGCAAAGAACUGCACCACAAGAUCGAUGUUGUAGAUGAGGAACGCUAUGAUGUUGGCCUUAAGGUUUCCAAAAAUGACAAGGAGAUUGAAAACAUGAAACUGAAGAUUACUGAGAAUCACAGUAAGGUCAAGAAGCCUCAGCUGAAGAGAGUGAAGAUCUCAGCAGAAGCAAUGCUGAGUGUUCUGCUGGGCUCCAAACACAAGGAGUCAAUCGACUUUAAAGCAAACCUCAAAACUGUCAAGAAGGAAGAAGAAAAGAAGGAAGAUGUUACUGACUGGCGUAAGAAUGUGGAGGCCAUGUCUGGGAUGGAGGGCAGAAAGAAACUUUUCGAUGCUUCUGCCAACUAAAGGAAGAAAACUCACAGUGUUAUUGUUUUUCUCAAAAUAAUAAAGAAGGUUAAAUGUUUACUGUAACAGAAACCUUAGGAU